AGAUAUUUUGAAAUAAAAAAAGUUUUCUUAGUGUUCCUUUAAGGAAUUAUCUGCUGGAAAUUAUAUGUAAGUAAUGAAUAUGCAUGUGCAAUUAAUAUUGUUUUUCCUCUCAUGUUUUUGUAAUUACAGGGACAUGCUACAGAGCACAAAGCCUAACAUUUCCUUCACAUUGGAUGCAUACAAAAAAAUUCAUGACCUGAAAUAUGUUUUUGUUGCUGUGCUGUUUUUAUUGUACCCAGUCAUUGUCAUUGCUAAUGGACUCAUCAUCUGCAUUGUAUGUCUUGAAAGAAAACUACAUAAGCCAAUGUAUUUCUUAAUCUGCAAUCUAGCCUGUAUAAAUAUAUAUGGUGGUACAGCAGUUGCACCUUUCAUCAUAACUAGAUUCUUAAUAGAAGAUUAUCAAAUAACAUGGCUUUCUUGUCUUGUGCAUACCUUUGUUAUAUAUAGCUAUGUUUCCAGUGACAUAACAAACCUAACAGUUAUGGCAUACGACCGAUAUAUUUCUAUAUGUUAUCCUUUAAACUAUGGUAAAAUUGUGACCCCUACAAAGGUGAUUAUAGCUGUUGCUGUCACUUGGUGUUAUCCUUUUGUACGAAUUACAAUCUCUCUUUUAUUUACAGCAAGACUGGAUAUCUGUGGAACCAUAAUUGAAAAAGUCUACUGUGAUAAUUAUUCAAUAGUGAAGCUGGCAUGCUCUGAUAUCUCAUCUUACAACAUACAUAGCUCAAUCUUGAUUUUGUUAGCUAUUGUACUUCCAUUUAUUAUAAUUAUCUAUUCUUAUUUAAGGAUUAUCUUGAUCUGUUUGAAUGUAUCAAGCCAAACAAAAACUAAACUCUUCAGCACGUGUGUCCCACAUCUAAUAGCAUUAUUAAAUUUUAUCCUUGGAAGUUGUUUUGAACUUAUACAAAGUCGGUUUGAUAUGAGACAUGUUCCUUAUGUUUUCCGUGUAAUACUUUCAUUGUAUUUCCUAAUUCUGUCUCCGAUAAUUAAUCCAGUUCUGUAUGGGAUUAGAACUCAAGCAAUAAAAGAUGCUGUAAUAAGAAAACUUUGUAGUAGGAUUUACCAAAAGCAAGUUAAUGUAAGCUGGGUAAGCUAAACAUGUUUGAUCUUUUAGCAUAUAAUCAUGGAGGAAGCACAAAAUAUGUAGAUCUGUUGAUUUUUCUGUUAGAAAAUAUAUCUGUGUAUAACAUACAAUAGCUUUGACAAUCACAUGGAAUAGUAUGUUAUUUACCUCGCUAUAAUCGACAAGCU